AAGUUAUUGUUUUGUUUACAUUCAUUUUGUUAAUUUAGCAAUACAUUUAUAAAUAAUUAGAGACAAAUGCAUCAAAUAAAAAACCAGACUUUUAACAAUUAUUAAAACAGGAUGUCAGUGGUUCUAGAUGACAAGACAGAGUUUAUGACCAACCCUUUUUAUGAUCAACACGAGCCGAGUAACUAUCAAAGUUUCUACGUAACUCUUGGUGUGUGCACAGUGUUUGGCUUUGCACUGCUCAUUUUCAACUUGUUUCUGUGUUGUUUUUCUAAGCACAGACAUUACUGGAGAAACAGUGAGACAGGUAAUCGUUAUAUACUACCAAUUUGGAUCAAGACACCUGCAAAACAAGCUCCACUCGAUUUGAGAGAGUUGGAAACAAACUUUUCAAAACCGAAACCCGUUUAUGACUCAGGGGUACCCCAAGAAUUUGUCGAGCUUCACAAGAAAGAGAGUGAUAUUUGAAUCAUGAUUCACAUAUUUUCACCUUUAUUACUGUUGUUGGCUAUGUUUGUACUGUUUGUAGUCAUUGCUAUGGUGAGGUAUGGAGGGCGUUUCUGCUCGAUACACAGGGAACCAAUAAACUACAAUAAUUAUAAUGACGAAUAUGUAGAGCAAGUAUCUUACGCUUAAAUUCAUUUAAAUUCUUAAUCCCUUACAGUAUCUAUAAAUAUGGGUUAGUUAAGUUCAAUUUUUACAGUUAAUAAAACAAAAUGUUAUUACACUAUGUAUUUUAUGUUAAUCAAUCACUUUAUAAUAAAACAUUAGUUAACUAUGAAAACAUUGAAUCAAUAAUGGGAGGUUAAUUUAAAAAAAAUGUAGUUACUUUUUUUUUAAUUUGUCAGUUAUUAUUUAUUAGUAAAACGAAUAUUUUGCAUAGACCAAUAAUUGAUUAAAAUAUAUUGUUUUCUAUUAUGUUGCACUCAAUAACUCUAUACAUCUGAACAGAUUAAUUUUAUUUAUAUUAUAAGGGUAUAGCAAAAUUAAAAAUAUUAAUAUUUUUUAAGUAAUUAUUCAGAAAUAAGUUUUAAAAUUUUAGUUGUUACAAACAAUAUUGUCUUUAAUUAAACCUCAAUUUUUUUUUAUCAUUAUAGCUUAUUAGUUAUUGCUAAAUUUCUGGAUACUUAAGUUCAUAGCUAGACUUUAUAUUUUUUUAAUUGUUAAAAAUAGAAAGUAUAUUUACCCAUAAUUAUUUUAAAAUAAGUUUUUCAAAAUAAUUUUUAGAAUAUAAAUAUUAUUUUUUUUUUAUACUUUACCUAAGU